CGCUCAAACUGGCAUUCGCUCGAAUUGACUGGCAUUGAAUCAAACGACCUUUAGACUAGAGCGAAAGUCUUCUAAUCUAUAUUCUUUGGUUCUAGGCAAACACCGAAGGCCUGAGACUUGCCACGGGUUCGUUAUCUUUUUGGUAUAAUAUUUUCAGUUACGAAGAAGGAAACAUCAUCAUGGGCGGCUCAGUUUCAAGGGAUACCUUCGAAUGGAUUUAUACCGAAGAACCACAUUUUUCUCGUCGAAAAGCAAUGCUUAAGAAAUAUCCAGAAAUGAAGAAACUAAUGGGUCAUGACAACAACAUGGCCAGGAUCAUGGUUGCUAUGGUGAUAACUCAGGUAAUUGCAUGUUACCUGAUACAAGAUGAGUCAUGGUUGACAGUUUUGAUUGUCGGUUAUUGCUUUGGUGGAGUAGUCAACCACUCUAUGACCCUUGCCCUUCAUGAAACUGGACAUAAUCUACCUUUUGGACAUGCAAAACCGAUGCGAAAUCGUCUGAUCGGUUUCCUAGGCAACUGCAUUAUUGGCGUCCCCAUUUCCAUCUCGUUUCGCAGGUAUCAUCACGAUCAUCACCGUUACCAAGGAGAAGAUAAACUGGAUCCAGAUAUUCCAUCAGAAUUAGAAGGCAUGCUCUUCCGCAAUCGCUUCACAAAAAUGAUUUGGAUGAUUCUUCAACCAGGAUUCUACGCCAUUCGUCCAUUCUUAAAGCGACCUAAAGUCCCGUGCAAACUAGAGUUUUACAAUUUAUUGGUGCAAAUUGUUUUUGAUGUCGGAAUUAUUUAUUUCAUGAAUUGGAAAGCAUUAGCGUAUCUUUUCUUUGGAACCGUACUCUGUAUGGGGAUUCAUCCAUUGGCGGGACAUUUUAUUUCCGAGCAUUACCUGUAUGCUGGUUACGACAGCGAAACCUAUUCAUAUUAUGGACCAUAUAAUUACAUUGCAUUUAAUGUUGGAUACCAUAUGGAGCAUCAUGAUUUUCCCAAUAUUCCAGGACCUAAACUACCGCUGGUUCGCAAGAUUGCUCCAGAGUUUUAUGAUGAUUUGCCAUCACAUGAUUCUUUUGCAGCUGUUGUUUGGGAUUUUAUAAUGAAUCCGAAAAAUGGACCGUUCAAUCGCACAGUACGACCAGCCUCCAAAGACCCUACUUUGCCAGACCCAUGGGCUAUGUAAACCCCACUAUAUUUAGCAGCAUUAAGGGGUCCCUGGAGGCUGGGUAACUGAGAACUGCAUACUGAUAACCACCCUUGUUUUGCUCUGAUUUCAGCUAUUUAACAAUUAUUAAAAUAUAUUUUUUGAGUUAAAUCUCAACAAAUGAUUAUAUCAUUUCUAUGGGUACAGUAACUUUAUCAACUUGAAGAUUUUAAAAUGUACAGUAACUGAUUAAUAAAAUAGGCCUACAUCUUGAAAUUCAUGAAUUUACUGCUGAUAUCUCAAAGCUCCCAACUUUUAUAGGCUUACACAAUUAAUACCUGUAAGCUAUUUAAUGAUUUCAUAUGUAAAGCUUUCAACAAAUUUAUAUUAAAUGAAGUACAGUAGGCCUACCUGCCUUCUACAUGUUUAAAUUUUAAGGGCGCUAUUUUAUGUAGCUUGUGCAUAUAGGGUGGUUGCUAUUCAUCUAUGUAUUAUCAUUAACAUGGUAUUAUAUUCGUGUAUGAAUUUCAUAUAGUGGGUGUUAUUUAAUAUAUUUUGCAUAGGAUGUGGUAAACCAAAUCUUAUAUUAAGAUACCCAAAUAUUAAGUAAGACGGGGUCUAAGGUGCGGGGUGAUGUGUUGAUUUCUUGAUAGUAAUAUUUUUUUUUUCAAUCAUGACAUGUUAACAUAACAUGACAUGACAUGUUCCAAUCAUGACAUGUUAUAAAAUUAGAAUCUUAAAAGCAUAUGCUCAGAAAGCACUAGUAGCGAUGAAUAAGUAAUACUACUUUAAAUAUUCAGCAUUACUAUGAAUAAUAUUAAUCAUUAACCUGUUGAUUGAUUUAUUAUGAUAAUUCAAAAUAUUGUGCCUUGAGAAAAAGUUUGUAAAGCACUAAGAAAGCCUUAAAAUCAUUCCAUAUUUCAUCUAGUUCAGAGUUGCUGUGAUAGUUCUAUUGUUUUUUGUGCAAUAUAAACAGAUUAAGAAACCUAAGCAACAUGAAUGAGUUAUAUAAAUUUAACCUUACAAAAUGUAGGCAUAAUUGUUGAGGCAACAUUUUUGUGUAUCUACGGCGGUUGGUGAGGUGCAGCCCCUCCAAAACACGCCCCCAGGUUCCCUCUUCUCUAACUUCAGUUGCUGAGUUAAAAGUUAACUCAUUUCACCUUAUUUUGCCAGCAAAGAACACCACUCAACUUAAUCAUCAAGUCCCUCCAAUUAACCUUUAUCCCCCCCACCCUCCUUAUCAAUCAG